AAAAUGUUCUGGCUCCACAUUUGAGGCCCACUUUUUGUUGUAGAGAAGACGACUUUGCUGUACUCCCAGUCUCUUCUGUUCUGCUUACGUACCUCAGGUCUUGGAAUAGCACAGCUGAAGCUGUCACGUAUGAAGGAUGGCUCGUACUUGGCUGAAUUCCUGCUGGAGAAAGGCUACGAGGUCCAUGGGAUUGUACGGCGGUCCAGUUCCUUCAAUACAGGUCGGAUUGAGCACCUGUACAAGAACCCCCAGGCUCAUACUGAAGGAAACAUGAAGUUGCACUAUGGUGACCUCACUGACAGUACCUGCCUUGUGAAGAUCAUUAAUGAAGUAAAACCCACAGAGAUCUAUAACCUUGGAGCCCAGAGCCACGUCAAAAUUUCCUUCGACUUAGCCGAGUACACCGCAGAUGUCGACGGCGUUGGCACGUUGCGGCUGCUGGAUGCCAUUAAGACCUGUGGCCUUAUCAACUCCGUGAAGUUCUACCAAGCUUCAACAAGCGAGCUGUACGGGAAAGUGCAAGAGAUACCGCAGAAGGAGACCACCCCCUUCUAUCCUCGGUCGCCCUACGGGGCAGCAAAACUCUAUGCUUAUUGGAUUGUGGUGAACUUCCGCGAAGCAUAUAAUCUGUUUGCAGUGAAUGGCAUUCUCUUCAAUCAUGAGAGUCCCAGAAGAGGAGCUAAUUUUGUUACUCGAAAAAUUAGCCGGUCGGUAGCUAAAAUUUACCUUGGACAACUGGAAUGUUUCAGUUUGGGAAAUCUGGAUGCCAAACGAGAUUGGGGCCAUGCCAAGGACUAUGUGGAGGCUAUGUGGCUGAUGUUGCAGAAUGAUGAGCCGGAGGACUUUGUCAUAGCCACCGGGGAAGUCCACAGUGUCCGUGAGUUUGUGGAGAAGUCGUUUAUGCACAUUGGGAAAACCAUCGUGUGGGAAGGAAAGAAUGAAAAUGAAGUGGGCAGAUGUAAAGAAACCGGCAAAGUUCACGUGACUGUGGAUCUCAAAUACUACCGACCUACUGAAGUGGACUUUCUGCAGGGAGACUGCACCAAAGCGAAACAGAAGCUGAACUGGAAGCCCCGCGUCGCUUUCGAUGAGCUGGUGAAGGAGAUGGUGCACGCCGACGUGGAGCUCAUGCGGACCAACCCCAACGCCUGAGCGCGGCCGCCGAGCGCAGCGCCGCCCCCCGCCCCGGCCCGCGGACCCCCGCGUGCGGUCGGCGGGUGCCGGGAGCCAGGGUGGCGGUGCGGAACCCCGCGGGUUCCCGGCGCCCACAGGGUUUGUAGCAGCCGGGAAAUGCCAGUCCCGGGGUUGGGGACCCGCUUGGCCUUUGUCGAAGCUUCUGGGUUGGGUUUUGGGUAAUCGGAGACGUUUGAAUCACAUUCACGUUACUUGAAAUUAUGUCAUUAGACACCUCAAAUUGUGGGGCCUUCGAAUUGUUUUUCCUCUUUCCUUAAUAAAAAAUGGCCUUUCUACGAAC